AUAUCCAAACAUGGUACUUUACGUAUAUUUGUCUACAAAUCUCUCUCAAAUACACGACGUAAGGGGGAAAAAUCGACAUUUCCUCUAAAUAACCAACGUGGAGGCAAAAUGUCGACAUCCCCCUUUUAAUUACGCUUUCGUCCGCUUUAUUGCCCCUUUAUUGGUUGCCUGGGAACUGAUCAAGCUGCUCACUAUAUUGUUUUUGGGAUUUAUAUUUAUAACUGCUUAUCACUGCUCCAAAGAUGUUAACUUAUGUCAGCCUACAAUGGAAAACGAAGUUGUUGACUGAGUUUCGUCUUUUAUGCUUCUGAAGACUACUUCUGAAAAGCUACAUUGUUAUAGAUGUUGUUUAUCGACUUUAGCGUCAUAAGACAGUGUUUUUUUUGGUCUUGUAGUCUGCGUAUAUUCGGGUUACUCUUUGGUCUCCUAAGCGUUGUGGGUGCCUUUCGGGUGUUACCAAACUGACCUUGAGGAACCACGGUUAUCUAUUAGGGUCAAAGUACGGUUACAAUAUAAUGUGGUGAAUUAGGAUGAGUGGAUAAGGUUCAGCUCUACCAGUUGUAACUACAAUCUCUUCAGUGUUAAGUUCUACGUUCGGUUCUCAAUAGUCAUCUAUAUGUCUACUGGUCACUGGUUUGCCUGUAACACUGAAUUCCUUCCACCCACGAGGAAGGGAAUGUGUAUAACUUAAACUCCGGUAGCCCGAUAAUGUGUUGCACUGCCAUAAUAUUCGAAUAUAGCUAAAUAUACGAAUUCUAUUUCAUGCCCAUAUCAUGACGAUAAUGUCCAUAUCUCAAUGAUAAACAUAGAGAAUGCUUAAGAAUUUCAAAAACUUUAGAUAUUGUAGUCCAGCCGAUCUAACUUCACUGUGUCAUUAAGACGGGAAAGUACGACCCUUCCGUCAGUGUGCUUUUAAUUGUCCGUUCUCAUUUGGUUUUUUAAUUUAGUAUUCGUGUUCUUACUUUUAUGUGAUUUUUUCUUGUUUCUCCAUAGAAAUGUUCCUCCCUCUGGACCUUUUUUUAAUGCCUUACAUCAGGUACUCUCUCUUUAUGUUUUUUGAAAAAAUAACAGUGAUAUCAAACUGAGUAUUAGGUAACUUCAUUGUAAAGCAGAAUAAAGUGAUUCAUCUCGUUAUUCUUGAUAUGUAUCGUUUUAUUUGGCGGCUCAUAAGUGGCCUAGUUUUCAUAAUUGUCAAUAUAGCGAAUAAACAUUCAUCUUUAUGUUAGUUUUGUCUAUAAUAUUGCAGAUGGACUCUGUGUUCAACAAAUUAAAAACAAAAGUAUCAGGUGCCUUACCUGGCAAUCCGUUAACUCGAGAGUAUGAUAUUGAGAAACAAAUUGGUCAAACGGGUCCAGGUUCAUUAUGGAAAUUGUAUUCAGCUAAAAAACGUUCUACUCAUCAAGAAGCCACUAUAUGGAUAAUGGAAAAAAAAUUGUUAGAGUCUUAUCCAAAGUUGCAACGAGAAUCUAUGAUUGAAAUACUUAAAUACGGUGUGUCUACGUUGAUGAGGAUUAAGCACCCAAAAAUAGUAUCAGUUCUUCAGCCUUUAGAGGAAUCACGUGAAAGUCUUGCUUAUGCAACGGAACCAUUGUUUACUUCACUAAAUAGUGUAUUGACAAGAGACUCUUCAAACAUUAGACAGCCAAACGAGUCUAUGGAUUUUUCUUUAUCAGAUACUGAGAUUAAAUAUGGUUUGGUGCAGCUUGCAGAGGCACUGAAUUUUUUACACUCUGAUUGUCAUCGUUUACACUUAAACUUGACUCCUGAAUCAGUAGUAAUCAAUCGUUUUGGUAUUUGGAAACUUAGUGGGUUCGAAUUUUCAAAAGUAGCAGACCAGAACGAAAAAUCAGGACAAUCUCUUGCCAAAAUACCUGUUUGGCAAUCUAAUUUAAUGCCUGCUUGUCAAUUGAAUCUUAAUGCUAGUAGCCCUGAGGCGAUCCUUCAGGGUGAAGUGACUGGUGCAAGUGAUAUGUUUUCGCUCGGUCUUUUAAUCUGUGCACUAUUCAAUCGUGGCAAAUCCAUUUUGUAUGUUGGAGAUGAUUAUCACGCUUACAAACGAACGGUUAAACAACUCCCAUCAUUAUUAUCCAGCAAAGGAUUGGAUUUACCGAAUAAUCUGAAAGAAUAUGUCAAAAUGAUGCUGUCAUCAGAUCCACAAAUUCGACCAGAUGCUGUACAAUUUUUAAGAACAACAUAUUUUGAAGACGCAUCAAUGUCAGUUUUGCGAAGUGUGGAUAAUAUGUAUCAAUUGGAUAAUUUAUCUAGAUCACAGUUUUAUAAAUCUUUGCCAAAUUCUAUUCAUGCUUUGCCAAAACGUUUAUGUCUGUUUCGUGUUUUUCCACAAAUCGCUGAAGAUUUUUCCAAUCCACAUAUGGUACCAUUUAUUCUGCCAGCUGUUUUACAAAUUUUGGAUUUAGUUACACAAGACGAGUUUAUUCAAUAUAUGCUACCACGUCUUAUUCCUGUAAUGUCAAUGAAAGAACCUAUUCAAAUUAUCUUAAUAUUUUUACAAAAUAUACAUAUAUUAAGUGAGAAAUUCCCAAUCAAAGAGUUUCGUAAUUAUGUUCUACCAAUGUUACAGUUAGCUUUGGAUAUUGACAAUAAGAUGAUACAGGAAUUAUGUCUUAAAUCUUUACCAACUAUUGGAAAAGCAAUGGACUUGACUGUAUUAAGAAAUUCUCUCAUUCCACGAAUACAACGUUUAUGUUUAUCCACAGAAUAUUUAUCUACACGUAUGAAUUGUCUUCUCUGCAUUGGAAAAUUACUAGAUCAUUUAGACAAAUGGAUUGUAAUGGAUGAUAUUCUUCCAUUUUUACAACAAAUUAAAUCACGUGAACCAACUGUUUUGAUAGCUAUACUGGGUAUAUAUCGCUUAGCAUUUAGUCAUGAAAAACUGGGCAUCAGUCGAGAAAAACUAGCUAAUAAAGUAUUGCCUUAUCUUAUCCCACUAUCCAUUGAAAGCAGUUUAAAUUUAAAGCAAUACAGCGCUUAUGCAUCAUUAAUACGAGACAUGUGUUCAUAUUUGGAACGUGAACAAUAUGCUAAAUUAGAGCAAUUGCAUGGUGCUGCAACUGAUGAGGACAGCAUGAUAAGAAUUGGUAAUAUCGAUGAAAGUGUCUGGGCCACAUCCAAUUCCUGUUCAGAUUUGGUAAGUUCGUUCUAUAGAAUUUAAACUAUAGUCAGUGUUUUCAGUCAAGUGUUUUUUGAAUUUUAGUAUUCUUCACGGACUACGGAUCUCAAGUGUUCGCUAAUAGAUUCAGACUCUACAUCAAUAUGUACUGAUGACCUGAUUCGAGUUCAAAUCUGUUACGACUGAUGACUCGGAUAAUUUGCGCUUAUUUGGAUGAUACUGAUCAAUACGUAAAACGUAGUCCUGUACCAACAGCUUUAACUGUAAAUUCAAAUAACAGUAACAAUACAUCGCCUAAAUCAUCUACAGGAACGACAUCGUCAAUUCAAGGAGUCAAUGGUUCGAUAACCAAUGAAAGUACUAAUCUAAGCUUAGAACAAAAACGUCAGUUAGCUGCUAAACAACAUCAGAUUGAACGUUUAUCGUCUAAUUUAACAUCAGCACCAUCAUUACUACAACCUGCUACUGGCGCUGGACCAAUGAAGUUGAUGACAACGACGACAAUGAAUAAACCAAAACCUAUUGAUAUAACAAAUACUUUAAUAUCAUAUAAUGUGAAUGCAAUCAAUAGCACAUCUGAUAUGAUGAAUAAAUCUACUACACAAUCAAAUCGUAUAGGUACAGGCAUACCUUUAGCUUUAAUCACACCACCAACUAUUCAACACCAAUCAUAUGAACAGAACGGUGUUUUCAAUAAUAAUAGCAACUCUCUAUAUCAUCAUUUGAAUAAUAAUGUUGAACAGUUACAAUCAACUAUUUUACCUAAUUCAAUUAUUCCAUUCACUAGUGGUAAUAAUUGUAACUCAUUAAAUUCUAUACCACUUUAUCCAGCAGUGUCUAACGUGAUGAGACAUGUUCAACAACAAGCUGUUCCAAAUGCAAUUACAUAUCAAUUAUUCCCGACAACAUCAUCAAUUACAAUGCCAACAACAAUGCUUAGUCAAAAUAUAUCAAAUUCUAAUAGUCUAAUAAAACCAUUAUCCAAAUGUGACAUAGAUGAUUUAUUAAGCUGACAAUGAAUUCAUUAUUUUUACAAACGAAUAAAACAAGAACACAAGGAAUUAUUAAUUAUUCUCUUUCAUAUAUGUACAUAUUAUCAUGUAACUUUAAACAUAUUCUUAGGUGUAGGUAGAUAAGUACGCGGACCUAAAUGUAAUGGUCUAUGUUGCAUCAAUACAACUUUUUCUACUCAGCAUGUUAUGUAUAGGUAGAUGAUAUAGGAAGCUAUGAUAGUUUCUUCAUUACCAUCACCUCAUUUCUAUUGUGAUAUUCUUGUGACUGCCCAUGUUGUGUUUGUAUUUUUUAUUAAUAUACUUACUCCCAUCAUUUUUUUCCUACCCCGUGUCUGUAUUUGGUUUGUGUAUGUGAAGUAUUAAUGUCUUUCAAAUGUGGUUUUGUUUUGUUUUAAUCUUCUUAUGUGAAAAAUGCAAUACUUGAUUUUUUCAAAUAAUUAUUUGCACGGUGACCUAGUUUGUUUACUUUUUUUUCAAGUAAUAUCUUACCUUGUCCUUUGAUUCGAAUUUGUUUUGAUCAAAUAUCUGUUAUCUUGUAGAGGUUAAUUUCUCUAUAUAUCUGACUCCAAUAAACAGUAUCCCGUUAA